AAAGUACGAGUGAGCGUAUGGUUGCGGUCGGUUUGUGUUAAAAAUAGUUUUAAAUGAGAACUGCAAGAUAUAAAAUUAAGAAAUUCUUAGAUAUAAUAAGAAUUUUUAUAACACACAACUGUUCAAAUUACCAUAACUAAUAUUUGAAAUGAUUAAUACAAAUUUAUAUUUAUUAAAAACUUAGAAAUAAUAUUGAAUUGUGAAAGAGACUACUAAAACGAAGGAUUUUGACAAGGGAAACCCAAACGUUCUACAUCCUCAAAGUGCGUAUAAAAGAAAAUAUUGGCUCUUGCACAACCCACUGCUGAUACGUCAUAAUCUUACAAAGAAAAAAUUAUAAAUCGAUUAAAGCUAAAAGUUAAAAUUAAAGAGGAUAUCAAAUAUUUACUAACUAUUAAUGGUAGAAAAUGGUAAAGGAACAGUUAACGCACAGACUGAAUGGCAGCAAGGAAUACAGUACAAUUAACAGGUUAAGUGUCAUAUCAAACAGCGUUAAGCCUACAGAUGAUGUCGUUGCUAACUUAACAGUGAUAAAUAUGCAUCAAAGGUCAGGGCAAUCAAAAAAUAAUACCUUUGGAAAUACGUCUAACAGGAAAUGUUUGCUGAAAAACAAACUUUAUAGUAAAAAUAAAAACAAUUACAGUACUUUGCUGUACUGUGCCGUACUAUUGAUAUGCAUUGGUAGCAGACAAUGUGAAGCCACUGCUACAGAUAUAGCGCUUGAUGCCAAAGCCACAUUAACACACAGAAUUGAUAGCCUUAAUUUGCUGGUGUAUACGUUUUUGCUUACGUUAACGGUGUUAACCAUUUGGUUGUUUAAACAUCAUCGCGUCUCCUGGCUUCAUGAGACUGGCUUGGCUGUGAUUUAUGGUCUGAUAGUUGGUGCUGUUAUAAGAUAUGCAGACACAUCAACAACACUUAUACAUUUGGUGGUUGAUCCACAAGGUGAUCCAAAGUUCAACCAAACUAUACCACCAGAUACGCUUUGGCUCAACUUUCCCGGAAAAUUAGCACAAAAUACCACCGAUAAGGAGCCUAUUGAAAAUAAAACAUACGCUUAUGUAUUUCGUGGCCAAGUUCAUGAUGUCGAUGAAAAUGAAAUUGACUUGAAGGCAACUUUUGAUCCGGAAAUAUUUUUCAAUAUUAUAUUACCACCAAUUAUAUUUCAUGCUGGUUACAGUUUAAAAAAGAAAUAUUUCUUUCGUAAUUUAGGUGCUAUACUAACAUUUGCUAUUUUGGGAACGACGCUAUCAGCGUUCCUUAUCGGUGCUAUUAUGUACGGUUGUGUGAAACUGAUGCCAAAAUAUUUAAGUAGCAGUUACACAUUUCUGGACACGCUGUAUUUUGGAGCGUUGAUAUCACCAACAGAUCCAUUGACAAUACUGGCAAUAUUCCACGAUUUGCACGUGGAUGUUAAUUUAUAUGCCUUAGUAUUUGGUGAAUCUGUACUUAACGAUGCUGUAGCUAUUGUAUUGAGCGGUGCAAUUCAAAACUACGGAGAACAUUAUUCAAGUACGGGUGAAUUUGAAAUUAACGCGUUCUUCAAGUCUCUGAGUGACUUCUUCUGUAUUUUCAUGUUUUCACUAUUAAUUGGUGCCACAAUGGGUUGUUUUACGGCAUUGUUGACUAAGUUUACUCGCGUGCGAGAUUUUCCUUUAUUGGAGUCAGCAUUAUUUGUGCUUAUGUCGUAUAGCACGUUCCUUAUUGCGGAGGCAUCUGAACUUACUGGUGUUGUAGCUGUGCUGUUUUGUGGCAUAUGUCAGGCGCACUACACUUACAAUAAUUUAUCAGAAAAUUCUCGUACUCGAACAAAAGAAAUUUUCGAAUUACUGAACUUUUUAGCUGAAAAUUUCAUUUUUUCAUAUAUUGGCGUUUCGAUGUUUACCUUUCCCAAACAUCAUUUUGAUGCUGUGUUUAUAAUUACGGGCUUUAUUUGUGCCGCUUUUGGAAGAGCAGUGAAUAUUUAUCCUUUAUCCUGGCUUUUGAAUUUAAAUCGAAAACCAAUAAUCUCAUCUAAUUUUCAACAUAUGCUUUUCUUUGCUGGUUUACGUGGAGCCAUGUCAUUUGCAUUAGCUAUAAGAAAUACUGUAUCCGAAGCAAGACAAACAAUGCUUACUGCAACAUCUUUAAUUGUUAUAUUUACUGUAGUAAUACAGGGCGGUGCUGCUAACUUUUUGCUCAACUGGCUUAAAAUACCAGUGGGUGUAGAUGAAGAGACUGAACAAUUAAAUAACUAUCAAGUUCGCAGCUCCGAUGGCUACUUACAGGAUGUGGAUACCGGAGACUUAGAAGGUGGUGGCGGUGGGGCAGAUAAUACCAUUGGUGUUGGAGUUUCACCUGGUGCUUCAAGUGCGGGUAAUUGUAGACGCAGCAAUGAGAAAGCAAUUCUUGCCAGAAUUUGGGGGAACUUCGAUACAAAAUAUAUGAAACCAUUGCUGACACAUUCACGACCAACACUAUUAGAGACUUUACCAGUUUGUUGCAACCCUGUGGCGCGUUUAUUAACAACAACAGAGCAGCUAACACAGGAUGGUGUGGGUAUACGUCGUUCCGACUCUGAUUCCGAUAUAUGUGUCGAUGAUGAUGAUUUUAUGCGUAAUAAUGGUGGAGGCGGUAGUGGUUCUGGCAGUGGCAAUGUUGGUGCAGGUUUUAUUGCAUCAAGUGGUCAACGACGCAGCUCCAUCAAUCGUGUAAGUAUACGUUUUGUCGCAGAUGAUCGCAGUUUAUUUGCUAGCUACAAAAAUCGAGAUUAAAUUGUUUAUUUAUUUAAAAAACCAAUACAUAUAUUUAGUAAAAAGAACCACAAAAAAUUUUAUGUAACUUAACGUAACGCAAAACUCAAACGUAUACAAUAUUAAAUGUGUUUUGUGAAUCAAUUUUACUUAAAAACGCCAUUAUCUGAAUACCAAAGUGAGGAGUAUUAAUUAUGUUAA